ACAAAAUAUGUAACGCUUUUUUGGAUUGGAUUGAAGCUUUUCAAAGCUGUAUUCUCAGUGGUUGAAAAAUGUUUAGCUUCUUCGAACCCUCCCACAAAUCUUGCCUGGCUUUCUUCUACGCCAGCCGUGUGUCACGGAGGUUUGUUAGCCGGUGGGGAGGACCAAAUUCGGACAUCGAUUGACCCUAUUUAACCAAACUGGCAGUAAGUCGGGUCUGGGGGGUCGCCCUGACGACUUUUACUCGAGUAGAUCGCCUCACCUGUUCUUAUAUUUCGCCCCUUGAUCGACCGCUCUUCCAAUGUCGGAUUUCAAGCUCGGGAUUGUUCGACUUGGCCGUGUGGCCGGGAAGACAAAGUACACACUGAUUGAUGAACAGGACAUACCAUUGGUGGAGAACUAUGCUUUUGAGGCACGCAUGGAGGUAGAUGCAGAUGGCAAUGGGGCAAAGAUCUUUGCUUAUGCCUUCGACAUUGGCAAAGGGCGUUGGGCUGGCAGGCCACUGCACGAGCUGCUCUGGGAGAAACACAGAGGAGGCAUCGCUCCCAGCUUCCAAGUAGUCCACAUAAACUCUGUUACAGUGGAUAACCGUCUGGACAACCUGCGACUGGUCCCCCUGGGCUGGAGCCCUAAAUCAGAGGAGAUCUCCAGCAAGCAAAGAGAGCAGUCUUUGUACUGGCUGGCCAUCCAGCAGGUACCAGCUGACCCCGUAGAGGAGCAGUACCUGGAGCUCAGUCGUACCCGCUACUACAAUGCUAACGGAGAGCUGGUGGAGGAGGAGGAGUGCUCCUGUACUUACUACGAGUGUCACUACCCACCCUGCUCGCUCAUCGAGAGGAGACUUAGAGAGUUCAACAUCUGUGGUCGCUGUCAGGUGGCUCGCUACUGUGGCUCCCAAUGCCAGCAGAGGGACUGGCCCGCCCACAAGAAGCAGUGUCGUGAGCGCAAGAGGGUCCUAGCCCUAGAGUCUGAACCUGAGCGAUGAUCUCUGAAUCAAUCACCAGAAUAGGGGAAUGGGGGGGGUGGAAAUGAAGUGCAAGAGGGGGGGGGAAAUCUGCUGACAGAGAUGAAUGACAGAGGACAAUGGUUGGUUGAAAGGGUGGGAAGAUUAAAAAAAAAAAAAAAAAAAACUACAACCAGUUCACAGAACUACAAAUCUCCAUAACUUGCUUUUUUUGGAGAGGGAGGUCCUCCUGGAGCUCUACCUGCUGCUAUGAAUUUGUAUGUUUGAGUAAGAAGAGGUCACAUGGAUGAAACUGGCUGUGCUUCUUUUGAACUACAAUUGAUUACAGUUGUCAUCAGCUUUCUCCUUACUCCCACCCACCAACCAGUAAUGCCGUGUGUACAUGGAUAUAGGGAUGACAGUGCCUGCUGUUCACCUGGUACAAUGGACAUGGACCUUUUCACUGUACUACUACUCCCUCUUGGACCUUUGGUGCACAUACUCAAGACACCUUCCUGUCAUGCUCCAAUACCAACAUAAAAUGGAUAGAUUUUCCAUGCUGUUUCACGCUAGCAGUAUUGUGUGUGCUGCCAUUAUGGACUGAAGGAUAUAGAUGAAGUGUUGAACAUUGGGAGGGGGUUAUUUUGUUAUGUGUAUUAUUAUUAUUAUUAUUAUUAUUAUUAUUUGAUGGUGGGAAGGGGUUAGUGAUUUUUGGACUUGAUCACAUUGUUACUUUCCUGUGUUGAACAUCCCUGAAUGAAUCUCUCGAUGCGAUCUGUUCGGUUUCCCUUCCAGACCCUCACACCCAGUCCCUGUCGCUAAUGUUUGAGGGAUGUCCUGGGAACAACUUAAACCCAGGUUGGCCAUUGGACAGGCUACGUUGGGAUUGUAUGAAAUGGCCCGAAUGAAUAUGUUUUGUUUUCUACACAUCAGUCAUUAAAAAGAUCUGUUCUAUGUCCAAGUGAUCGUAGUUGAAAUAAUACAUUUUCCAGAUCACCACCUCAGUGUACAAUUCAUGCAUACCUGCUCAAAGUUUGUCUUCCUGUAACCUCGCUCCCAUGCUAUUCCACACAGUGAAUAUAAGCCUGGUACAUCAAUGAUUCAACGUGGGCUUUUAGUGGUAGUGACCAUAGCAUUUUAUGGGGGUGAAUUUACUGAGUAAAGUAUUUGUAGCUUAAUUUUAGCUAGUCGUGUGACUGCUUGGGGUGUGCUGGCAUACAGGGUAGAAAUAGGGGAAGGUGUUGUGGGAGAUGAUUGGUAAAUUAACCCAAUGCGUAUGCGCUGGGAGUUUCUCUUGGUUUUUCUGUGUUGGCUGGAGAAGUUUGAACCGUUGGUCUACCAGGCUCUUCGCGCAUUUGGGCAGAAGUGUUGGAAUGAGAUUUAGGUGCUUUCAAGACAACUGGGAAUUCAGAAAUAACCCAGGUCAAAUCAUGACGUUGGGGAUCUUUAGGUCGGAAAGUCUGAGCUCGAGAAAGAUACCAGCUUACGACUUGGAAUUCUGACUUCAAUGACCAUUAAAAAUGACUUUCCCAGUCGGAGCUAUUUUAUUUUUUUGUCUUGAAUGCACUGAAGUCGGAAGUCUGAGAUUUCCCAGUUGUUUUGAAUAUGGCAUUAGUCUUCCUGUUUUCUUUUAGUUGAUGAAUCUUGACUAACAUUCACAGAUCUAGCAUGUAACAAGCAGACAGAUGUAAUACAUGCAACACAUUGAUUGUUAGUUAUGUAUGUAGACCGGUUCAUAACACUGCACUGAGUUGUUUUAACAUACCCCACUUAUCUUUUUUUUAGAGGAAGGGAGAGUUUGGACCAUUGGGUGUCUUUAAAAAAAAAAGGUUUAAAUGGUAAAGGAAAAAGCAUGAAUCAGAAUAAAGACUAAAGUUGGGGAUAACUGUAAAAUGAAAUAAAAUGUUUCACAUUGAUGUAUGACCCUU